AGCAUUUCUAGAUUGGCGACUGGUGACUACCGAGCAAGUUUUCCAUUGGCAGCGGACGUCUUCUUCCUCGAUGCGGCCAAACAAUCACCGCCAGUUAGUAGCGUACACCAAGCUUUUAGCAUCUGAGGGGAAGCAAGGCAGGCACCAUCAAGCCCUUGCCCUGUUCUCCAAGAUGUUUGCUUCACCCCACAUCCACCUCGACCCUUACGUCUUGCCGCUUGUGCUCAAAUCUGCUGCUGCCCUUCGCCUUCCCCUAUUCAUGCGUGCGAUCCACGCAUGCGCCGCCAAGUCCGGCCUCCUUCAUAGUCCGCAUGUUUCUUCUUCCCUGGUCGAUUGCUUUGGUAAAUGUAUCUCCUUGGCUGAUGCGAGGAAGUUGUUCGACGAUUGCUCCCAACGAAAUGUGAUCGUGUGGAACACCAUGAUAUCUCUAUACUGCCGCUCAAACAACCUCGUCGGUGCGCUCCAAUUGUUUGGGCUCAUGGAUGUGCAGCCUACGGAAUCUUCGUACAACUGUAUCAUUGCUUCUCUUUCGGAAUCUGGUGGAGCUUCAGGUCCAUCUCGAGCCAUUGAGUUGUGUAGGAAGAUGCAGAGUGCUGGAACAAAGCCCAACCUGGUCACAAUUUUGGCGCUUUUCCCUGCUGUCAUUGCCAUUGGAGCCUCAAAUUUUAUCAAAGAGAUUCAUGGGUUUGCCCUCAGGAAUCUAAUCCAUCCAAAUUUGCACUUUGGUAGCGGGCUAGUUGAAGCUUAUGCGUGGUGUGGUUGCUUAUCCUAUGCCCGUAAUGUGUUUGAACAAAUGGAGGAGAGGGAUGUAGUUUCAUCGACUUCCAUGGUGUCAGCCUAUGCGUUGCAUGGGCAUGCUGCUUCUGCAAUGUCGGUGUUUAAGCUAAUGGAGUUGGAUAGCAUCUGGCCAGAUAAGAUCAUGUUCCUCAGCAUUCUGAAAGCCUGCAGCCAUUCAGGCCUUGCAGAUGAUGCUUUGAAGUAUUUUGAGGUCAUGACUGGGGUCUAUGGAUUAGUUGCCUCCAGCGAGCAUUACUCAUGUUUGGUGGACUUGUUGAGCCGAGCAGGGAGACUAAAGGAGGCUUAUGAGGUUAUCAAGGGAAUGCCGGGAAAUGCCACAGUCAAGGCUUGGGGGGCACUUCUUGGAGCUUGCCGCAGCUAUGGAGAAGUUGGGCUCGCUGAGAUUGCUGCCAAAGAACUUUUCGAGAUUGAGCCAGACAAUGCAGGCAAUUUUGUGUUGCUUGCCGGCAUAUAUGCUAGUGCUGGAAAGUUUGAGGAGGCUGAGAGAGUGAGGAGGUUAAUGGAGGAAAGAGGUGUGGCACUGAGCGGAGGUUCUAGCUGGGUUUCCUCAUAGUUCCUGAGGUUAUAUGGACUAGUCAAGACUUAUGCUGCCAGACAACUGCAAUUGCUGGAGAUGAGCUUUGACUCCCAAUUAGCUGAAUGCUGAUUAAAAGAUUUUACUCUUUGGGAUCUAGUAAUUUAGUGAAAUUCAGCAAGGUCACCUAGGUUACAGAAUGUGUACCAUUGUUCAAAGACCUAUGGGACAAAAUUGAUAUAUCUGCUUUCAGACUUGGCGCUUUUGCUUGCAGUCCCAACUUAGUAAUUGGAAUUGAGCAUCAAAUAUGCAUCAAUUCAGGUUUUAAGAGUUAUUUUUUUAGCUUUCUACUCCUCUAUAGUAGGAGGCGAUGAUUGGCAACUCACCAGGACUGCAACUGACAUGGUGCGUGCAUUAGUCUUCUUAGGUAUCUUUACGUCUUCCCUAACCUCUAUUGGAAUCAGAACUCAAGCCGACACUGGAGUUUCACUUAAAGUUCAUCAGGCACCACCUCCAGCUCCUGCACAAGCUGUGGUUCUGUCCUUGAAGGGAUUUGGAUCAGUAUCACUCAAGCUUGUCAUCUCUUUGCUGUUCCCACCAGUCCACCUCAACAUUUUAUAAACACAAGUUUCUAGUUCCAAUCGAUGGAAAUAGCUAAUUACCUUUGCUCAUCCUUGUUUAGGUAUAACAUUCAACACAGGCAAUAUUAUUGCUCUCAGGCCAGUCAGAGGUUAUUAUGAGGCCUCACGCCUUCAAGCAUGGGACUGGUAUCUGAAGCCGCUGUUGGCCUGCUGCAAGAACUGCUGCCUCACUGUGCAUUAAUAAUUAAGGUAGAAGUCAGCAAAUGGCUGUUUCAAUUUCGACAUGCAGACUGAGAGCUUCUGGUGAUUCACGGAAGGGCAGUCCUAAAGGGCUAGAAUCUGAGACUGCACCUGAAUGAAACUGGUAAAAGAUUGCACCAGCAAGUCAGAGAACUGAUCAGGGGUGUAGGUUCCACCGAGCAAAGGAUUUAUGUAGUAGUUCUGGAUGUAAUCACUAUUUCCAGAGCUGAGAAUGUAGAUGGAACCGCUGAAGAGGGAUCUUGCUCUUUCUCUCCCGGCAAUUUUUUCCACCUUGGACUGGUAUUCCUUGUAGUACUGCACCUGCUGGGUUAGAGGGAUUGCUUGCUGCCAAUGGAGAGCCAUUUUCUCAUGAGAACCAUUAAACUAGCUAUGGAAUCCACAAGAAAGGAAGUCUGAAAGCACUAACAUAAAGGUUUGCAGUGCUGUUCAAGUAUCCAGACGCAGCAGAGGCAAAGUUGGCACCAUUCAAGAUAUUGUUUCCGGUAGCUUCAUUGCUGAGGUAGGCUGGUGGAUACGAAGUGAAUCCGAGGUUCUCAACUGCAUGGAAAUAAAAGAAAGGUUAAAACUAGCAACUUCUUCUGUCCAUAGAAGGAUUGUUCGAUUCAUGGCGAUCACAAAUAGAAAGUACAUGUUCUUCAUGGACAAACAUUUUUUGGGACAAUAGUAAAGGGUGGUUCUGUACCGGUGAAGUCAGUUGCAAGCUUGCCAUUGCAAAACCUUCCCGUUGGCGUGUGCUGGGUAAAAUCUCUUCCAUAAGGGGGGAAGUUGGCCCUGACAAGAGUGGCGAGGUUGUUGUUGUUACCAGCAUCGACGACGGAGUCUCCAAAGAUCAUGACACCAGGGACCAGCCCUUGCCCUACAGAGGCUUUCACAAUUGUAGCCAACACAGCAGCAACAAAAGCCAGAUUCAUGGCUGCACCAGCUUUGCCUCUCCAAACCUCCAUUGGUGGAUUCUCCAGUGGCUCGCCCACUGUUGUUCAGUGAAUAAUGUUGCGGAGAAGGGGUAGAUGGGGGUGAUUUAAGAAGGCGAGAGAAAUUGAAGAAUUAAAUUCGGGCAGAGCUGCGUCAAAAGGUGAGCAGUUAUAGUGCCAUAACUGAUGCGAGAGACUAUGCAUGGAAGCUUUCAGUACUGUCACUGCCAUUCAAACUGAUGCCAUGCUGCAGUUCCUCGUGAUUUUGAUGGAGGAAAAAAUAUUGGUAAAUUUCUAUAAGUUUAAACACUGGAAAGUUUUUAUUUGUCACUGUGACAGUUUUGAUCCUGUAUUAAUCGUUUGACCUCAUGAUUUGAGAAUAAGGAAAUAAAUUUAUUUCUAAAUUUUA